GUGGCCUGCAGAGUACCAGCACUGCCUCUGCUGCUGUUGCUUCUGCUGCUGCUGCUGUGAUUGAGGUGCUCUCACUGAACUGAAACUGCUGAGGAUUUUCUCACUAGGAUACUCAUUUCCAAGUCUUCUUUUUGAGGGAUCUACUGCUCACUGGCAGACAUACCCAGACCCCCCCGACACCAGAACUGACAAUAUACCGUGGGAACAAAAGAGGGGGGGAAAAGCAUUUUUCUGCAACAAGAGGAUGAGUGGGGGGCUGGUGAGGGAGCAGCACUGGCUCAAGUGAGCAAGAUAUGGUGGCCAUGAGUAGGAUCUAAUGUUCAUGGUUGGAAGACAUUUUUCAUGCAGGACCGAGAACCACAGAGCCUGUGUGACAUCGUCAUGAAUGAGAGAAGAAAGUAAUACAGUAUUGGAUGUGCCUGUUUGCUGCCACUUGUUUAGAGAGAAAAUGAUGCAUUAUGGGGAAUGAACCAGAACUGGAUGGAUUAAUCCAAGAGUUGUUUCAGUGGAGCCUAACACAGAGCGCUCGAAAGGAUUGAAUGAGAUGAACCAUCUGGGUUAUAGUAUCUAAAGGGCUAAGUUAUUCUUUUGGAGAGACUUUCUAAAUGAGCCUGACCGAGAUACUGGAUCUGUGUGAAGAGGACUAAGGAUAUAGGAUGUCAACUGAGACAGAACUUCAAGUGGCUGUUAAAACCAGCACAAAGAAAGACUCAAAAAAGAAAGGUCAGGAUCGCAGCGAAGCCACUUUAAUAAAGAGGUUUAAAGGUGACGGUGUCCGAUACAAAGCAAAACUGAUUGGGAUAGAUGAGGUUUCUGCAGCACGAGGAGACAAGUUAUGUCAAGAUUCCAUGAUGAAACUCAAGGGAAUUGUUGCUGCCGCUCGUUCAAAAGGAGAACAUAAACAGAAAAUCUUUCUAACCGUCUCCUUUGGAGGAAUCAAAAUCUUUGAUGAAAAGACAGGACUACUCCAGCACCAUCAUGCAGUUCAUGAAAUUUCAUAUAUUGCAAAGGAUAUCACAGACCACCGAGCAUUUGGAUAUGUGUGUGGAAAAGAGGGAAAUCACAGAUUUGUGGCAAUAAAAACAGCCCAGGCAGCUGAACCUGUAAUUCUGGACUUGCGAGACCUGUUUCAGCUCAUUUAUGAAUUGAAACAAAGGGAAGAAAUGGAAAAAAAGGCACAAAAGGACAAGCAGUGUGAACAAGCAGUGUACCAGACAAUUUUGGAAGAAGAUGUAGAAGAUCCUGUAUACCAGUACAUUGUGUUUGAGGCUGGACAUGAGCCAAUCCGUGAGCCUGAAACAGAAGAAAACAUUUACCAGGUUCCUACCAGCCAAAAAAAGGAAGGUGUUUAUGAUGUGCCAAAAAGUCAACCUGUAAGUCAGCAGAAUGGGAACUUAUUGCUGGACAUUGAUGAAAAUCUUGUUUCGGUGACUCAGGCUGUUACCCAACUAGAGCUUUUUGGGGACAUGUCCACUCCUCCCGAUGUAACCUCUCCCCCAACUCCUGCAACUCCAGGUGAUGCCUUUAUCCCAUCUUCAUCCCAAUCACUUCCUGGUAGUACAGACAUGUUUGGUUCUGUACCGUUCAGCACUGCUGCCGUACCCUCAGGUUAUGUUGCAAUGGGAGCUGUCCUGCCAUCCUUCUGGGGACAGCAACCACUCGUUCAACAACAGUUGACCCUAGGUGCUCAGCCUCCAGUUGCUCAGGUGAUGCAGGGAGGACAGCCAAUAGCCUGGGGCCAACCUGGUAUUUUUUCUCCUACCCAGCAACCAUGGCCAACCGUAGCUGGUCAGUUCCAGCCAACUGCCUUCAUGCCAACACAAACUGUUAUGCCUUUACAAGCAGCCAUGUUUCAAGGUACCAUUGCUCCCAUUGCUACUGUUCCACCCACAAGCGAUUCCACCAGAUCAAGUCCGCAGACAGACAGGCCCAGACAGAAAAUGGGAAAAGAAAUGUUUAAAGAUUUCCAGAUGGCUCAGCCUCCUCCAGUGCCAUCAAGAAAACCAGAUCAGCCUUCCCUCACUUGUACCUCAGAGGCCUUCUCAAGUUAUUUUAGCAAAGUUGGGAUGGCACAGGAAGCAGAUGAUUGUGAUGACUUUGACAUCUCUCAGUUAAAUUUGACUCCUGUGACUUCUACAACACCAUCCACAAACUCACCUCCAACCCCUGCUCCCAGACAGAGUUCUCCAUCCAAAUCAUCAGCAUCUCAUACCAGUGACCCUACUGCAGAUGACCUCUUUGAAGAGGGGUUUGAAAGCCCAAGCAAAAGUGAAGAGCAGGAUGCUCCUGAUGGAUCUCAGGCCUCAUCCAACAGUGAUCCAUUUGGUGAGCCCAGUGGUGAUACUAUAAAUCCACAGGAAGAUGAGCCUCUCUACGCCCAGAUCAACAGACCUAAGAAAUAGCAUUGUUACAGGCUUGUGGUGCUUCAAGACUCAAAUGAAAAUCUACAACCUGACAGGCCUUUGGCACUCAUGCUUUUUUCCCCAAUUGAUCUUGUCUGACAAAAGAUAAAUGAUUGCCCUACUGGAUCAGUUCGACAAACUUCCCUGACGGUUUUUGGCAACCAAUGGCAAAUUUCUAUGGCAGCAGAAAAAUAAAAACGAGCCCUGCUUACCAUACAGGGUCCAGCCCCCUCGCCGUGAGUUAUGAGUACGCAUAAUUGGAAAUCUUACUCCUUGUUCUUCUUUUAAACUUUUAUCUUCUACACGCCACAUAUGAAUACUAAGCAUUUGAAAUUCAUCAUUUAUUAGGCAUUUUCUUUUCCACAAAAAAGCAGAAACGGUAUGUAGCAGUGGCAUCAUCAUUCAACAGCCUUUCAGGCACAAGUCGGCACUUUUUAUGACAUGGUGACAUGUUUCGCAUCAUCAUUUACACCAGGCGGAUCCUGACACAUUUUCCCCGUUAGGUAUAUUUAAAAAAAAAAAAAAAAUACUGGCUGUGUCAUUUUUUUUUUUGGUAUUUCUAUUCUGUUUGUUUUCUACGAGUGACAGAGUCUAACAGCAAAAUGCCUCCUGUGGAAAUGAUUCCUAACUUGAAACCGCAGAAUAAAACUGCAUUGAUGAUUCAUCCUGACCGAAAAAUGUUGCCAAAUGGACCUUUAUAUUAGUGCGUCAUGAGGAAGAAACGCUACUUUUCUGUUUGAAUACUCAUGCUGUGGGUAGAGAAAGGACAUCAGAUCUCAUUGAUGAAAGAGAUGAAAAAUACAUUAUUUCCUAGGAAACUCUUUAAAAAAAAAAAAAAGUACAGUAAAAGGAAUAUUUUUUAUUUCUUCAAUCUCUUGCUGCUGUAAUGCUAUGCAGACAAGCAUUUUCUUCUCUGUGUGCCAUUUUUGAAGAAAAAAAUCAUUUGCCAAAUAAUUCUGGUAUGAUUCUGGUUUAUGGAUUUGGAUAAAACAGACUUUUAAAUGGGACACCAGUGGCAUGAAUUUUGGAAUAACAAACUGAUUCUGUGAUCAAACUGUUCAUCUUUAUCACUUUUUUGUACAUCAGAAAAUUCAAAUGGGAUUUUUAUUUUAUAACUUGAAAAAAAAAAUCUUACUGUUAAACUCUUUAAAUGUUUAAGGGGAAAUGGCUUUAAGGAGUUCGAAUGAAAAUUGCCAGUUUUUUUUGUAAAUAUAAAUGUUCUGGAAGUUCUUUUAAUAAUGCCAUUACACAGUAGAGAAGGUAGCAAAUUGCAGUGCUUGGGAGGUGUGGCAAACCCAAAUGGUGGUUUUUGCAUCACGUAUGUUUUCUCACAUGCUUAUGAUAACGGGCUGAGGCUCAAGUGCAUUUGCCAACAGCAGCUAGCUUGUCAGCGACUAGUUAAAUUGAUGGGAACACAUGAGUUUUAUGAUCUAGCUUUUUCCACGCAAAUGUAUUCCACAUCUUUUUCUUUAAAAAAAAAAAAAAAAAAAAAAUCCCAUUUCAUAGACAUUUCUUUAUGAUUCUGACAUCUCUUCGUGGAAAUCAUCAAACUGUUUACACACAGAUCAGAAGAAUUAAAAACUUCCUUUUUUUACAUUUAUGAAACAGAAGUGCAGUGUUUGGGUUCAUAUGUUUAGCACAUGAUUUUCAGGAAAAAAAAAACUAUAUUUUUGCCCUACAGAGAGUUGUUAUACAGGUCAAAUGUGUUUUCCUGAUGUUCCUAUGCAGUUACAAUGUAUUGAAUUUAGUGGUUUAACACUAAAAAAAAGUUUAAACAAAUCAAGUGAUGAAUCUGUUUUUAGGGUUAUUGUGCCGAUUUUGUUUUUAAAUUGAAACAUUAGGCUUUCCAUUUCUGUCAUUGAUUAAAAUAGGCCUGGAGUUGUAAACUUUUUUACUUUCAAUCAUCUAUAUAUAAACUAGAAAAGGGUUUAGAAAUCAUUUUAUUUGCUGUAAACGAGGAAAGCUGAAAGACGAGCAGGGGUAGUCAUUGUACAACCAAACCUCAUAACAUGAUUCCAGUCUCUUAUGUUGAAUUAGAUGCGUUAGUGAAUGUAUGCGAAUGACAGAUUAUCUGUGGAUAGACCUAAUGAACAUACAGAGAAAACAUGUUUUAUCCCCAUCCACCAUAUCCUUUGGUCCAUGCAAACAGUCGGAAGCAAAGUCAUUUUCACGUCAGAAGAAAGAGGCAAGCGGUUAUCUAACUUUAGGAGUUAAAUUAAAACAUACAGGUUGUAUGUUUGGGGAUUAAAAUAAGGACAAAAUAUUCCCGAAGGGCAUUUCUUUUUACUAUUUUUGCUUUCAAUAAGUGGUGCUACUUUCUUCCUCAGUAAGGCUCUUUUUAGGUUUUCUCUUGCAAAAUGGACCCAUUGAGAUAAUCAUUUUGAUUCUUCAUAAACAUUUGAAGUAUUGUAUAGUCAAUGCAUUUUCAGUUACGCAGUAAAAUGUUCAAAGAGAAAGAAAUGCAAAGUCAUGGCUCAGUAAAUCCAUUGUCAUUCCAUUUCUAGAGCUCAGACUGACCUACCUUUGGGUGGAAGAAGUCCAUGCAAAAAGUGGGUAAAUAUUGAACAGGGUUGGGAUUUUUGGAUGUUUCAUGAGAGAUGAUAGUCCCCAUUGCCAUCGACUGUUUUCUUCAUUUUAAUCGGCGUUAGGAAAAAAAAGAAAUCCGGAGCUACCAUAGCCCUAGCCCUAGCCUGUCCUUGUCAUUGUUGAGAUGCUGAUUUGCAGAGGAAUGUGGGGGUACGCACUGUAUCAGUAUUGUAGAUAAAUACAUGAUCCAGCUUGUGCAAUUGUUUAAGUCCCUCAUCCUUCACUAGCACUAAAUUUGUCACUUUAAAUUUUUAAACCAGGGAAUCCCACCCACCAUCCUGUUAUCAUCCCCUGUAGUUUCCCGAUCUUUACAUGUCAUGAAAAAUAUUUUGAUAGAUUGUAGUCAUCCAAGUGUCUGAUGAACCUUAUCAUCUAAUAAUGUACUGGGCACCUUCUUUGCAAAAAUGUUUACUCUGUGGUUUUCAUUCAUUUUUAUUUCUGCAUUCUGACACAUAUUUUUUUAAUAAAGAUGAGAAAGAUAAAA